CUUUAUUGCUAUUCUUAGCCUGAACCACACAAGUCUUUUCUCUCACUGGAAGUGAGGAAAACAAUUUUACUCUCAAGGACCGAGGUAGGGCUGGACUGUAAUUCACGAAAACGACCCCUUCCGGAUAGCCUCUGCCUGCCUGCUUGUCAAAGAUCCAGACGGUACUCCGCGUCAAGUUAACUACGGGUUGACACACACGAGCGUGGAUCAAAGCGAGGUUGAAUUUGGUUAUAAAGCCAAAGAGCUGGCUUGGCACAUGAGCACGCAAGCGAAAGGUUCACUCGUAGUUGACAAAAGAUGGAGCAGAAAGGUCUCGUGGCGACAAUUUGAUAAGUUGUGGAUCAGAGCCCCGGCGUGAUGUCAGAAUGUCAACUCUAUGAUGUCACUUAGUCAGGCCAUGACUUUCAUGCUACCCAUGUGUGCGCGUGUGGGGCCCAGCUCCUCAAUGUCAAGGAGAAAAAGCUGGUACUGGAUGGAGGUCUAUUUGGGAUGAGCGACAAAAAGAACCCUUCCAAAUCAGAGAAGAAACCGACCGUUCCUUCCCGUGAAAACGAGCCCGAAAAAAAAAUUGUGAUCUGUAACCGAGGACUCCUUUACAAUGUUCGAGUUCCACGCGAGGAAGCGCACGACGAUCCACUAAGUCUUUCGGCGUCCGAGUACGAUAGAAUCCUCGCGAGAGCCAGGGACCCGAGUUUCCUGGCCAAGGAGAAAGAGAGCGGGGCAAAGGCUUCUCAAAUCAAAAACGACGACACUCGGGCCGCAGAAGAAAGGAAACGGCAGAUGAUCGAGAAGGACGCUCGCCUCGUGAAGAAAGAGGUACGAACGGACGAGGAGUGCAAGAAGCAGAACUUUGAACGUUACCGGCGCAUGCGGUGCAAAGCUCAAAUGGAGAACGACAAUCAGAUUCACAAGCUGGACACCUGCAUUCAGCGUUGUAAGAUCCAGGCUGAGCUGGACACCCAACUCGAGUGGAAAAAGCACUGCGAGGCCGUCGAGAUUUCCAAAGAGAAGGCCGAGUUCGAGCUGGUGCGCAGGUGUCAUCGGGACGCGCACUUCAAACACGAGGAGAAGGAGAGGAGGCGUAAGGAGGAGGGACGCCGCUACCUCGACGCACUCAAAGGGCAAAUAAAGGAAAAGGAGCACGCUGCGGCCGCCAGGCGUCGGGAGUGGCUCGACAUGGCCCAAGAGGUGUCCGACGAGGUUUGCCUGGAAAAUACGUGCAUCGAUGAGCUCAAGGAGGAGAGACUGAGCGAGCUCAGAGCUUCUGGGAUUGGGGACAAAUACUGCAAUUAUGCCAAAAGGAAAACCAAACAAGUCGAAGCUAAAUCCAAACAUUUCCAGUACCAUGCGCAGUGACCAACGUGGAGUAAAAUGGAUACAACUACCACGAGGACGACGACGGCGAGGUGCCCGGCCAGCUGCGUGCAGCACCAAGCGAGUUUGUGGACAAGGCAGCCGCAAACGUUGACGGACGACUGCAAGUUCGCCAACGCCGGCUGUCGCAAUGGCUGUCUUAUCACACCUGGACGCCGAUCCUUUGUGACAAAAACCAAAGAAUCUCGGGAAAGUCGAGUCUUGUCUUUAUUAACUUGAGGUUUGUCUUUUCAUCUGACUAGUUUUGGCUUGGGCGGUUUUAUGGAUGGGCAAAUAACCUCUUCACUUGUUUAUUUAAAACAAAACCAAAAAAAAUGAGUGUAGAGUUGAGCCACAGCUGAAAACGGGCAACCAACCAUGAGCAAGCCUUUCACAGACACCAUUAUUGUGCUUCAUACAACAGUCACGUGAUAAAACAUCAAUAAAAACAAACCAAUCAUUGACUGUAAAUGAUCACCACAAUCGGUCGGGUAGGUCAACGAAAUUUAGUAAGAUGCCCGCCCUUGCUUGUUUUUCAUGCCGGUUGCUAGCAAAGCGCACUGAUCGUGAUACGAGAUGUUGACAUGUGCAUCCGAUGGAUGUCGUAAAGAGGGCAUUUUGCACAAUCACAUGACAUCGCUUGACUUUUUUUGUUCAGUUUUGUAGUCCCAAGUGCCAAACCGUAUGCAAAUUAAAACUGACCAAAAC